AUGAAAAGAAAUCGUAAAUCAAAGAAACGGUUGCUGAGUUCCAAUAGAGUUCCAAAGAGUAUAAAUUUAUCAGAAGGCUCGGGUACUACAGAUAUUGAUAUAUCCAUAAGCGCGGAAGCCAACGAUACUGAUAUAUCUCUACAAACGUUAGUAAACUCCAUACCAGCGGACACACAGGAUACAAAUAAUAAUUUUGAAAAUGAUGACUUCGAGAUACACGAAUUUGAAGAUAUACAAAUAAACGAUGCUAAUACCGAAGUAUCCGCAGACGUACAAAUUACGUGUAAUUGUAAUGCUAAAAUACCCGAAAGCAUUGACGUACCUAUUGACUCUCCAGAAAACAACUCUGAUGUUGGAAUGAUCAUUCCAAUACCAAUAUCCUCUCCAACUUCUAUAAACACUCCUUCCAUUACUCAAAUACAAGUUGAUAUAACAAACUCGGCAUCAUUGACAUCUCCAAUUUUAUAUCAAACAUCUCAAAUGCCAGGCACACAAAUUGAUUCUGUUUCUGCUAUAACCUCAUCAAUAUUAACAUCAAUUAUUGCAAAUACUUAUGUGUUAAAUGCCAACGAACUUUCACAGUUGCUUGUGGAAAAUAAUAUUGAUUAUAAUAAUGUUAGAAAUCAAAGAAAUUUGUGCGUCGUCACAAUCAACAUCAAAAGCAACGUCAAUAAUGAUGAAACCAACAAUUUCUAA